GCAUUUUUUGAAACAACGGAUCUUCCCAAGAUUCUCGUUUCCAUACUUUUCACUGUAAAUCCUGAGGGCUAUAGUUUUCACGUGAUAGAACCAAGUAUACUACUACAUCAACGUCACAUAGGAAUCUGGUUGACAUGACGGCAGGGAAGAAGAGCAAACGCGAUGAAAUAUCGGCUGUAGAUUGUUUUGAUGAGGUUGUACUUGGUAUACAUCAAGCUGAGUCAGCUGUACUUAUGCUAAAAAGUCCUGAAGACGAUGUCAAGACCCGAGCUUGUGAAGCAUUAUACAAGUUUUCGAAUAAAAGUGACGAAAACAAAAAAGCCCUGAUAUCAUUAAAUGUUCUAGAAUACCUCCAGCCUCUAGUAAGAGAUGAAAAUAGGGUAGUAAAAAGGAAUGCGGUACUUGUUUAUGGAGUUCUAUCGUCACUUCCUUCUGCAAGGUCUAUCAUUAGGAAACUGCCAACUAUUGUUACUGAUCUUCUCAAGCUUUUGGACUCAGAAGAAUUUGAGACAACGAAAGAAUUUGCGGCAAUGACAUUGUCACAUCUUUGUUUGGAAUAUGCUGGUAUAUACGAACUUAUAGAGCAUAAAUGUUUCUCUGUUAUCAUACCUUGUUUGAAAUCACCUGAUCCAGAUGUACAGAAGAAUACAUUGGAUAUAAUACAUAUGUUACUCCAGGACUUUGAAGCUCGCCCAAUGCUGAAAGCUUCUGAAGGUCUGGAGACCCUGAUUGAAUUGUUGGUAUCGGAGUAUCCAGUUAUUCAAGAUUUAGUGUUAAAAAUAUUUGCUAGAGCAGCACAAGACAGUAUAAUAAGGACAGCCUUAAGAGAUAUGAAUGCAUUGGAUGCGUUUGUUGAUAUUAUUGGUGUUCCGGAAUUUAACGAUAUACAUGUUUCCGCCCUACAAGUAAUUGCAAAUUUACUAGACGAUACUGAAUGUGUAAAGCAUUUAGUUAGUCAAGGCAGUCUUCAAAAAUUAUUGCAUUUUAUCACUGAUCGUCAAGUUUAUAAUGAAAGUGAUAUUAAAGUCAAUUCUGUGAAUCAACAGCAAAAUAAAGAUAAGAACGCUAAAGGAAGGAAACCUAGUCCUAAGAAAGGUGAUAAGAAAAAAAACAGCAAAGGAGAACCGGAUGGAAAAAAAGACGAGGAAAAACCACCGUCAAAUACUUUGCCAGAAGCGAAAAUUCACACAUGUAAUGCACUUAUGAGAGCUGCAUGUAAAGAAGAAACAAGGAAAAUUUUACACGAUGCAGAUGUUGAAAGGAUGUUAGUAUCACUAUUAUCUCAUGAAGAUGAAGGUGUACGAGCUGCAUCAGCACAAGUUAUUGCUAUACUGUCAGAAAGUUCAGUAUGUCAGGAUAGAAUAGCUGAAUUAGGUGGACCGGAAUUACUUAUUCGUAUGACGCGGAGCGAUCAUCGUGAACUCAAAUCAGCUGGAGCUACAGCAUUAUCUGCUUUGACUACUGGAAAUGGAUCAAUUUGUCGUGAGGUUGCAAGUCGAAAUUCAGGGCUUGAGGCAUUGCUUAGUUGUUUACAUAUAGGUGAUCCUGAAGUUGACUUAAUUACAGUGGGUGGAUUAAUUGCACUGACGAAUUUGGCUACUGAAGAAACAACUCGACCGAAGGUUUUGCAUGUAAUAACGGCCAAGUUAUUGAUACCAACUCUAAAUUCAAAUUCAGUAUUAACUCAAUCUAAAGCUGCAUUAGCAGUGGCUUCGCUAAUAUCCGAACAACAUAAUAUCCAACAAUUUAUUCAACUUGGAGGUUUAUCGAGUUUACUCAAUUUAGUUCAAUCAACAAAUAAUGAUGUGCGUCGUUCAGCAUGUUGGGCUAUCGCUUCAUUGACAGCUGACCACACAGCUGCUGUAACGUUAUCUCAGUUAAAUGGUAUAACUAUUUUACAAACAUUGAAUGAAUCUAUAACACGUAAAAAUGCUUUUACUGAAUUAGCUUUAAAACGUGUACUGGACGCUAAUUUAAUGGCGAAAUUUGCACUAACUGGUUACUUAGAUUUUGUUGAUCAUAUACCAGAUUUAUUUUAUGAUCCUGGUCAAAUAACUAAUCCAUCUCAAUUUUUAACAUUGGAUGAAUAUAAUGAACAAUCAGUGAAUGACCGUCGACCAAUAUUUUUAAUAAAUUUACAAAAAUGUGAUAUUGUUUCAUCGUCAGAUUAUUUACAAUCACAAGAUUCGAAUGAUGCCAAAACUGAUGAUUUGAAACAAGAUGAUUUAAAUUAUUUCAAUGAAAUGAAAUAUCCUUUUGAUUCUACAUUACAUGAUUGGUUAAAUAUUGCAAUUAAACAAAUUACGUCAAUAAGUGAAUUAAAAGAGCAAAUAAAAUCUUUAGGAGAAUUUGUUGCUUCUUGUUAUGGAGGAUCAAUCAACAAAGAUGAACAAUUCACUCUAAGAAAUGAAUUAUCUCUGGCACAGUUACGAUGUCAAUUGAAUUCUAACUUAAUACCAAUAGGUUUAAUUAAACAAGGAUCAUUUCUACAACGUGCAUUAGUUUUUAAAUUACUUGCUGAUCGAAUUGGAUUACCAACUAAUUUAAUACGUGGAACAUAUGGACGUUCAUUUAAUGAAGUCCUGAUAGAAUCAGAAAAUUCAAAAUCUCAAACGUAUAGAGAUUUAUAUGUUGUGGAUUUAAUGUUUGAACCCGGAAAGUUAUUAAAAUCGUCUACAAGUGAAGCAUUAGAGUACACUAGUAUAGCCUGCUAAUAAUAAUAAUAGAAUUUACCUUCCUUCAGAACUUGUGUAUUUUUUCAUGUAAAUUAACUUCAACUACUCCAGAUUCUUCAUCAUUCAGCAAAGUCUUUUAUUAGUGAAUAAAUUUAAUUACAAAACAUA